ACAGAGAGAAUACUAAUGGACCUGCCGUUGCACAGCGCAGCGCAACUUUGAACUGUGAACAUUUGGAAACAAGUGAUGCAUAAUAGCGUUGCUCUUUUCUUCUUCUACACGUGCACUUUUCACUUAACUGUACGGCACAACGAGAAUCUUAAAGUGGGCAUAAUCUAUCCCUAUAAAUAGUGUUUGUAUGUUUUGUCCACACAUUCCGCAACCUCAGUAUCUCCACUCAAAAACGAAUCAGACCAAGAUUAGUUGUAGCAAUCCCUCUCUGCGCCCCCGUACAUUGGAGGUUGUGUUAUUAUUAGGUUACAUACCUAUUCCCGGGUUUUAUCAAGCAUGUUAAAAAUGACAGCUGUGUAGACCCGGAGCUCCCUGCCUGCGUUUUCGCUGCGAUGAUGACCAACGGUGACUGGGGGCACUGGGCAUCAAAACAGCUGUGCAGUUGCUAACCAAUGACAAUCGGAAGAAUCCUCUCGGAGUAUAGAUUCCCAAGCGGCCGUAUUCAAACACAACCUACACAUUAUCAAACCAUCGCAGUUGCAACGCAAUGCCUGUCUGAACACUUGGUUUCCCGUGAGCGAGGAGAUGCGUACAAAGCCGUGUGCCUGUAGGUCAACUUAACGAGGCUUUUGGAGUAACUUGUGGAAUUUUAGACUUGCACGCAUAACGAUGCCUUAUCUGACUAAAUCGCUAUUUUUAUUCUUCUGUCUGGUGGUUACCGGGGAAUGCCGUAAUCACGGACACCGAGUACGGAGAUGGACGGGUACCGUGGAGACGGCAAAGCAUGGCACAGAGACAGCAAAUCAUGGCACCUCCUUGACAAAGAAGCCUCCGGAUGUGACCAAAAAUCGCAAGCUGAAGACAGAGCAGCUUCUGAAAGUAGAUGAUCAUGAUUUCACCAUGAGGCCAGCAUUCGGAGGCCCGGCUAUUCCUGUUGGAGUGGACGUACAAGUGGAAAGCUUGGACAGCAUCUCAGAAGUAGACAUGGACUUCACCAUGACUCUGUACCUGAGACACUAUUGGAAGGAUGAGCGUCUGACCUUCACCAGCUCCACCAAUAAGAGCAUGACAUUUGACGGGCGUCUGGUGAAGAAGAUCUGGGUGCCAGAUGUGUUCUUUGUCCACUCCAAGAGAUCCUUCAUCCACGACACCACCACAGACAACAUCAUGCUCAGGGUCUUUCCCGACGGACACGUCCUCUACAGCCUGAGGGUGACAGUGACCGCAGCCUGUAACAUGGACUUCAGCCGCUUUCCUCUGGACACCCAGACCUGCUCACUGGAGCUGGAGAGCUAUGCCUAUACGGAUGAGGAUCUGAUGCUGUACUGGAAGAGUGGGGAUGAGUCCUUGAGUACGGAUGACCGUAUCUCCCUUUCUCAGUUCCUCAUCCAGAAGUUCCACACCACCUCUCACCUGGCGUUCUACAGCAGCACAGGCUGGUACAAUCGUCUGUACAUCAACUUCACCCUGCGGAGACACAUCUUCUUCUUCCUGCUUCAGACCUACUUCCCUGCCACCCUCAUGGUCAUGCUGUCCUGGGUGUCCUUCUGGAUCGACCGCAGGGCCGUCCCAGCCCGCGUCUCCCUGGGUAUCACCACAGUGCUCACCAUGUCCACCAUCAUUACUGGAGUGAACGCCUCCAUGCCCAGAGUGUCCUACAUCAAGGCUGUGGACAUCUACCUGUGGGUCAGCUUUGUGUUUGUCUUCCUAUCCGUGCUGGAGUACGCUGCCGUCAACUACCUGUCCACCGUGCAGGACCGCAGGGAACGUAAGAUGAGAGACGAGAUAAGAGAAAGGGCCAGGUCACAGUCGCUGCCCUGCACCUGUGGCAUGUCCCAGACCAGGACCAUGAUAUUAGACGGGAACUACAGCGAGGCGGACACCAACAGCCUGGCCGGCUACACCUCGGGAACUAUGGUGUCCGAGGAGGAUGCGGAGAUGCCACAUGAGGUGAUGAACGAGAAGCAGACUCCUGGGGAGCACAUGGUGGUCCACCUGUCUGUCAGUAGCGAGUCCACAACCACCAAGAAGAAAGGUAUCCGGGCCCUCAAAAUUAUCCAGAAUACACAUGCCAUCGACAAGUACUCCAGGAUGUUAUUCCCUGGCUCCUAUAUCCUAUUCAACUUCAUCUACUGGUGUUCAUACUGUAUAGGAGCGUAGGGUCUACUGUAUAGGUGCAGUAUGGGCCCUGGUCAAAAGUAAUGCACUAUGUAUUGAAUAGGGUGCCAUUUUGGGACACAGACUAUGUUUAUCAUACGACUGUGUUUAACACACUCGCCAUGGACAAGAGAAAGGCUAAGAGAGACUGCUAUAUGGGUUUACAUGGACAUUUUGAUACUAAUGGCCCAUAUUUGGAUGGACUGCUAACUGGUUUGACUUGGGUACUGGCCCAUAUGAGACUGAUCUAUAUGGGUUUAUGUUUAUUAUGUAUAUUAAGGUAAGUGUGACUCACUCACGAAUGACGAGGGAGAUUGCGAAAGUCUGAGAGACGGAGACUGAGUUCUAUGUGGAUAUUUGGCACUGAUGGACAAAGAGAAAAGCCCCAGAGAGCGAGACCGAGACAGUCUUCAUCAUCCCACUGUAGUUUGUGAAUUUCUGUCAAUCGAUUCCACAGGUUGAUUCAUAGUUCUGCAAGUACGCAUCAGCUGUUGUUUAAAAACUCUUUUGUCCAAAUAACUAUCAUUUCAAGUCUUUUGUACUCUGGGCUUGGCAUUUGACAACAGAGGUGGUUCUACAAUGUUGUUAGCUUUUCAUUCAGGUCUAUUUGGCAUUCAGGUCUAAGUACCAGUUCAGUCUGUUGAAACAGCUCAGUGUUUAACAGAGUUGAGUUUAAUGGUUGCGUACAAAAUGGCACCCUAUACUCUUUAUAAUGGACUACUCUGGGCAAAAGUAGUGCACUAUAUAGGAAAUAGGGUGCCAUUUGGGAUGGACAUGAUGCUUUGGAUUAGAGAAUCUGCUACAUACAUAUGUGAAAUGUUAUGAUGCAAUAUACUACAGUGCAAUAUACUACAGUAUAUAUAUAUGUGU